UGCAACAGCUGAAACAAACAACUGCACAUCAAUAAACAACUGCGCAUUUGAAUUGUUGCAAUUUUGUCUCAACAGUUGUGGGAAGUGAGCAUUUUGACGCUGACAUUACAUGGAAGUAGACGUAUUUAAAAAUGAGAAGUUUUAUCUGGAUAAAUAUUGCGUGUACGUUAGCGAUUGUUGCUCCGCUUUCUGAAGCUGUGUGCGGGGAAAAUAACCGAACAAAUUGUACAUUACACACCGAAUGCGGUGCAAAGGAGGCUUGUAUGACGCCACAAAACGGCCUAUCGCAAUGCUAUGCGUGUCCCUGCAACGAAAAAAGUCAAUGUGAAUUCAUUCCGAACAAAGGCAGGCAAUGGCAAUGUAACUGUGGAAGCAGCGGUUUCAGUGGAAGAGUUUGCGAUUGCCCACCGAUACCGCCCUUAGGAUGCAGUGCAUUUGUUGAUUCGUUUUUGACUCUCCCUUAUGCACAUUUCUACCACCAGGAAACGUCAAGAGCUAACUAUGAAACAGAUGAAACAGCCUGCGAAAACAUUUGCAAAGACGAUGCUGACUGUGCCCUUUUUAGUUAUUUUGAUUACAACUGCACGAUAUACGGACGUGAAACAAUGGCUCAUUUGGGACGUUUAACACCAGUAGCCAAUGGUGAUUAUCGACUGCAUUUAAGAGUUUGCGCACCUUAACUUGAGAAACUGUAACAUAUAUACAAAUUAGAAAAUAUGAAACGUAAGAAACUACAUAAAAGACAGAAUUUAGAAAUUUGUUAAAUAAUUUAGUCCUCAUAAUGAUUGGUUAACGAUAUCAGUCCUAAAAGUAUAUACAUUAAAACAAUAAGCGGCGA